GAUAUCCCGCUUCAUCACUACCCGAAGGAGUCUCAAAGCCGCUAACAUUAUCCUUUCCCUUCCUCCCCCACAGCAAACACUCUGUGAGGUGAGUGGGGCUGAGAGACUUCAAAGAAGUGUGACUAGCCCAAGGUCACCCAGCAGCUGCAUGUGGAGGAGUGGAGACGCGAACCCGGUUCACCAGAUUACGAGUCUACUGCUCUUAACCACUACACCACACUGGCUCAGAUCCUGAAGCUGAGGCUCCAGUACUUUGGCCACCUCAUGAGAAGAGAAGACUUCCUGGAAAAGACCCUGGUGUUGGGAAAGAUUGAGGGCACAAGAAGAAGGGGACGACAGAGGACGAGAUGGUUGGACAGUGUUCUUGAAGCAACUAAUAUGAGUUUGACCAAACUGUGGGAGGCAGUGGAAGACAGGAGUGCCUGGUGUGCUCUGGAGUCGGACACGACUAAACAACUAAACAACAACAAUGCUGAAGCACAGCAAAAAAUGGAAAAGAAGGGAAGGCACACAAAAUAAAGACUGUCCAGGACACUACUUGCAGCUGCUGGGAUCUUGUAGUUAAUCCUUGCUGCUCAAAUCCAUGCCAAAACAGAGGAAUCUGCAUGACAGCAGGAUUUGACCAUUAUGAAUGCGACUGUACGCGGACUGGUUAUCAUGGGGGAAACUGCACUACACCCGAAUUCUUUACUUGGCUGAGAGCGAUGCUGAAACCUGCUCCAGCCACAGUCUACUAUCUGCUGACUCACUUCAAAGCAGUCUGGGAUGUAAUCAACAACACCCCUUUCCUCCGCAACACCAUCAUGAGAUUCAUAUUGAUGUUAAGGUCCAAUUUAAUAGAAAGCCCACCAACGUAUAACAGCCGUUAUGGUUACAAAAGCUGGGAAGCCUAUUCAAACCUUUCUUACUAUACCAGAGCACUUCCGCCGGUAGAACGCAGCUGCCCAACCCCUAUGGGUGUGAAAGGCAAGAAGGAACUUCCAGAGUCUAAACUCGUUGUGGAGAAAGUUCUACUUAGGAGAAAAUUUAUUCCCAGCCCUCAAGGCACAAAUAUCAUGUUUGCGUUCUUCGCUCAACACUUCAACCACCAAUACCUCCGUACAGAAAAGGACAAAGGACCAGCCUUCACAAAGGCCUUUGGGCAUGGGGUUGAUCUAAAUCAUAUCUACGGAGAGAAUUUGGAUAGGCAGCUGAAACUCAGACUCUUUAAGGAUGGGAAGCUGAAAUUUCAGAUGAUCGAUGGAGAGAUGUACCCACCUACGGUCAAAGAAACUCAGGCAGAAAUGAUCUACCCGCCACAUGUCCCUGAGCACCUGAAAUUUUCUGUAGGGCAAGAGGUCUUUGGUUUGGUUCCAGGGCUGAUGAUGUACGCCACGUUAUGGCUCCGGGAACACAACCGGGUCUGUGACAUUCUGAAGGGCGAGCAUCCAGAAUGGGAUGAUGAGCAGCUGUUCCAAACUGCCCGCCUGAUCUUAACAGGAGAGACCAUCAAGAUUGUGAUUGAAGACUACGUGCAGCACCUGAGUGGCUACCACUUCAAGUUGAAGUUUGACCCAGAGCUGCUGUUCAACCAGAGAUUCCAGUAUCAGAACAGAAUAGCGGCAGAAUUCAACACCCUUUACCACUGGCACCCUCUCCUCCCUGAUACCUUCCAGAUUCAUGACCAAGAGUACACAUACCAGCAGUUCAUCCAUAACAACUCCAUCAUGUUAGAACAUGGUCUUUCCCACAUGGUGGAAUCCUUCUCCAGGCAAAGGGCUGGAAGGGUAGCUGGUGGGCGGAGUGUCCCUGCUGCAAUGCAGAAAGUAGCUAAGGCCUCCAUUGAUCGAAGCAGGCAGAUGAGAUACCGCUCCAUGAAUGAGUAUCGGAAGCACUUUAUGCUGAAACCCUUUCAGUCAUUUGAAGAGCUCACAGUAGAAAAAGAAAUGGCUGCAGAACUUGAAGAACUCUAUGGGGAUAUUGAUGCUAUGGAGUUCUACCCAGCUCUUCUUGUAGAAAAACCAUAUCCUGGUGGUAUAUUUGGUGAGACCAUGAUAGAAAUUGGGGCACCGUUCUCUUUGAAAGGUCUCUUUGGAAACGCUAUUUGCUCACCAGAGUACUGGAAGCCCAGCACCUUUGGGGGCAAAGUUGGCUUUGACAUAGUGAACACAGCCUCCAUCCAAAACCUUAUCUGCAACAAUGUAGAGGGCUGUCCUCUCGUGGCUUUCCAUGUCAUAAACCCCGCAACAGCAGCAGCAAAUAAUGUUAGCACUUCCAGCACAGCAAGAGUCGAGACUGGCCCACCAUUACGAUCAAAAGAACAGUUUGCUGAACUAUAGGGAACAGUGUUUUGCAUAUUUAUUUAUAUAUAUCAUUGCUGCUGCUGCUAACAAAAACCACUUUAAAGGCAUGUUCUGCUUAGAUCUGCAGGACCGAACCUUUCGGUUUUUAAGAAUAUCUACUGUACUAGAAAGAUGUAUUCCAAAAUGGAUCAGGGCAUGAGAUAUGCUGCUUAAACUUGAACAGAAAUGAUAACUCUGCCUCUUAAACUUGACAAGAAGGACCCUAAAUAUGGAACCAUUUUAGGUGUCUAGAAGUGAUGUUUCAUGGAACAAUAAAUCCUGUUAUUAAAG